CGCCAAGCCUGUGGCCUGGCAUUGCUUUAGAUGCUGAGCACACUUCUAGACCUCCUGCAAUCUUCUGCAUUGGUUUAAGGGUUUAGUUUGCUGAUCCCACAGAUUUGUUUGACCACUGCCAAUAUCAACUCACAUCGAAGGGUAGAGCUAACCCUACAUGAAGAAUGCAGCACAUUACUGACUUGAAGCAUUUAUCUACAGUGAGUCCAUCAUCCUCCAUGGCUCGUGCAGCUGACCCCUAUCAGCAUGGAACCAUUAGGAUGAACCUGGAGUAUUCAGAGCUCUGGAAAUCCUUUCAUGAGAUUGGGACUGAGAUGGUCAUCACCAAAUCUGGCAGGAGGAUGUUUCCAUACUGCAACAUCAGUGUAUCUGGACUAGUACCCUAUGCAAAGUAUGUCAUCAUGGUGGACAUGGUGCCGGUGGACAGUUCUAGGUACAAGUGGAAUAAUGAGCAGUGGGAGGUGGCAGGGAAAGCAGAGCCACAGCCCCCCUGCAGGACAUACAUCCACCCAGAUUCUCCUUCUUUGGGCAGCCACUGGAUGAAGCAAUCCAUUUCCUUUCUCAAGCUGAAGCUCACCAACAACCCACUGGACCAGAGAGGCCAUAUCAUUCUGCACUCUAUGCAUCGCUACCAACCUCGCUUCCACGUGGUGCAGGCUGACGACCUUUACAGUGUGCGAUGGAGUGUCUUCCAGACAUUCGCAUUCCCCGAAACUACCUUCACCGCAGUCACGGUCUACCAGAACAGCAAGAUUACAAAGCUGAAGAUAGACCACAACCCCUUUGCAAAGGGCUUCAGAGAAGAGGGAACCCAUGGUAAAAGGCACAGAGCACAGAAGAGUCAAAUUUGUCCAGAGAGUUCGGUUAAGAAACUGAAGACUUCAGACAAGGAGCCAGAAUAUAGGUGCUUUUCAGAUUUGCCUAGGCUUCCAUAUGACCCUCAUAGAGAGGAAUCAGAAGGCUUGCUGCUCUCCAAAGAGGUCCCUAUGGCUCAGGAUGGCAACAUGUCUCCUUGGGAAGGGGAACAGGAUCCUGCUCACAGUCUGCACAGUGAAGGAGCAAUGGACUACAGCAACUCUGAGCAGCUAGUCCCAGGACAGGCCAGCUACCAACCUCACCACAUCCAUGAGUUCGAGAGGAUGCCUUCACCCUCCUCUUGUGUUGAUGGCCAAGUAGACCGCCAUAGUUUCGAGUCGAGAUCCACCGACAUGGCCACUGUUCCUGAGCAAGAGAUCUCCAGACCCCUGUCUACCAUGAACAUGGGCUCCACGCAGUGCAGAGCUCUGGAUUUCUCCAUGACCCACAACAUCCCUGCUUGCUCGAAAAGCAGGUCAAGCAUUAGCAAUCAUCCACUAUAUGGCCAUUACAGCACAGAGCAACCCUUAGGCCACUGGAGCGGCGCUCUACCCGGGCAGUACUCAAGCCCUGCUUACCCUCAUCCACACCAUCUCAUGUCAGAACACAGCCUGCAUCCCUCUGGAUAUCACCAUGGCAAUGUGGCUGAGUGGAGUCAGUACUCUCUCUUCCCCUACUCCUGCUGAGCAGAAGGACUGGAACAAAAAGACAAUCAGUAACCAGACUGAGACCAAACUGACAGAGGCAGUAUCAUCUGAAAACAUAAGAGGACAAGGCAAAAAGAAACUGAUGACAGAGAUACAACGUGAAGGACUAGUUUGAAUGAACAAUAGCAGACUUUGCUCAGGCAAACCACAUAAAGUGGAUGUAUAUGUGUGUGAAAUAGAUUUAAAAUGGGCCUAGAUGUGCUUAUCUUGUACUUAACUCAUAGUGAAGAAUGACUUGUUUCACUGUCUGAUUAGAAAUGUUACAACUGAAUUGCCCAUUCAGAAGAAAUGGAAUUAAUGCAAUACAACAUUGAAAUAA